UCGAAUCCGCGGUACAGGAAGACGCACGAGCUUAGCCGCCCCCGCCGCCGCCGAUGGAUCCAAAGCUGGUGGAGGUCAUGCAGCUGUUCGCCCGCUUCAAGGCGGCCUACCUCCGCAGCGAUCUCGACGUCUGCUCCAACUUCCUCUCGCAGCUCAAGGCCCUCCUCACCAAGUUCCCCAGCCUACCUCCGUUGUUUCAGCAGACGCCCAAUGCCGUGGAGGAGCUCAAACUUGCGAGGGACAUUUAUGAGCAUGCAGUUCUUCUCAGUGUGAAAACAGAAGAUCAAGAUGCAUUUGAAAGGGACUUCUGCCACCUCAAGCCUUAUUACAUGGACACAUGUGGCAUAAUUCCUCCAUCACCGGUUGAGUACCCAAUUAUGGGGCUUAACCUUCUGAGGCUGUUGGUCCAGAAUAGAAUUGCGGAGUUCCACACUGAGCUGGAGCCUCUGCCCACCAAAGCGCUGGAGAAUCCUUGCAUCAAGCACGCGGUUGAGCUCGAGCAGUCUCUUAUGGAGGGCGCUUACAACCGCGUGCUGAGUGCUCGACAAGCUGUGCCGCAUGAAAGUUACGUAUACUUCAUGGACCUUCUAGCCGAAAGAGUAGUUAGGUAAGUGGGUUUGUGUCGCUACCCCUUCGUGUGUGAUCUGCCGAUUUACUCCUUAUGCAGUCUGUUGCUAAGUGCUGAAGAGUUAGGAGCCUUUUGUAAGUUUUUCUAUGUAUGGGACGAAGCAUAUUGGGUGGCCGAGAACUUUACUUAUAAAGAUGGAUUUGUAGAAAUUGGAUCUUCCAUAGGAACUUUAAAAGAUGCAAUAGAUGAAUUACAGAUAGUGAAUGUAGAAA